AUGAUUGGUGGAGUUCAAUUGGACGGUGUACUAAUUGACUCGGGGGCAUCAUGUAAUUUGAUUGAUUAUGGAACAUGGAGUAAACUGAAGGAAAAUAACAUUGAGUGUCAGUCAACAAAAUCGGAGAAGAAGUUAUUCGCCUAUGGUCAGAAAGACCCCAUUGAAGUUGCUGGGACAUUUGUAUCUGAAAUUGUAUGUGAAGCUAGCGGUGAGAAAUGCACAGAUGAAUUCACGGUGAUAAAAGGUGCGGGGAAACCUUUACUUGGGAAGUGUACAGCGGAAAAGCUUAAAGUGUUGCAUGUGGGUCCUUUAUAUGAAGUGCAAGUUUGUUCGAUUGCAGCAGAAGGGAGUGAUAAAGAUAUCCAUAAAGAGUAUUCAGAUGUAUUUGAAGGAGUGGGAAAACUGAAGGAUUAUCAGUUAAAAUUGCACAUCAACAAGGAGGUGAAGCCAGUUGCACAAGGGGUUCGCAGACUUCCAUUUGGUUUACGAGACAAAGUGGACCAGAAAUUGGAUGAUCUACUGGCAAAAGAUAUUAUUGAGGAAGUACCGAACAGCCCGACAGAGUGGGUCUCACCCUGA